AUGUCCGCACCAGCAAGAAGAUUGGUAAGGCCUACGCUUUWCAUCUGCGAUUUGCAGGAGAAAUUCCGCGGUGCCAUAUACGAAUUCCCCAAGGUUGUAGCGACCACGCAGAAGUUGCUUAAAGCGAGUCAAGUCCUUGACAUUCCUGUUUUCGCAACGACCCAAUUGAGAGGCAAACUGGGCGAGACAUGCCCUGAAUUGGGUCUCGACAGUGCCGACGGAGUCAAGACCAAGGCUCAUGCUGAUAAGAGUGCUUUCAGCAUGUGGAUUCCUGAAGUUCAGAAGGCUUUCAAAGAACUCGGCCCUGAGAAAAGGGAAGUGGUUAUUGUCGGGAUUGAGACCCAUAUCUGCGUGACGCAAACGACUUUGGAUCUCCUUCGCGAAGGUCACAAAGUCUAUGUCCUUGCAGAUGGUGUUUCGAGCUGCAACCCAGAAGAAAUCGGUAUCGCCUUGAACCGGCUGCGGGCUGAGGGCGCCAUUAUCACCAGCUCUGAGAGCUUCUUGUAUGAGUGCAUGGGCGACGCGGGAAUCUCUGAAUUCAAGGGGAUUGCUGGCGUCGUCAAAGAACACUCGUCCAAGACAAAGGAGAAUCUGAAGGCGCUGUGCAAGUUCUGA